AAGAGCAGCUGCUGCUGCUGAAGAGAGUGGAGGAUGAGAAGUUGAGUUGCCGAUGUGUCCCGCUGCAAACACCCUCAGCAUCCUAACAUCAACUUUGUGGUCGAUGCCUAACGUGCUGGAGGCGCUUCCUCACCCGCAGUUUGGUUCCUGCAAGUAGUGUUGUGACCGAAGAAGAUGCUCCGCUGGUUCCUUCAAUGGCUCCUCAUCACGACGACAUCCGCGUCACCUGCGGUGGAUUUGGGAGGCGAGUCCGGCUCUGGGGUGAUGCAGACAGAUGAAGCAAACCUGCAGCAGGAACUUUCUCAUAAAGUUUCGCCCAGCACCAACUCACUGACCGACCAGAGCAGCAUGUGUCCAGUCCUGCAGGUGGGACAGUACUCCACAUUAGUGGUCCCUCUUAGUCGGCUUUUCCCAGAUGGUUUGAAGGAUGAAUUCAGCAUAUUGGUGAAGGUCCAGAGUCUCCAGAGGGCUCAGAGCAGCAUCUUCAGCCUCCUCAGACAUGAUGGCAGUGUUGUGCUGCAAUUGCGUGUCAGCCCGCUCUCCGUCAUCUUCACUGGAACAAAGCAGCAACACUAUGAGUUCCCAUUCACUGGUCUCCUUAAUGGAAAGUGGCACCAUGUGUCUAUCAGCGUGUCUGCCAAAAGGCUGGCCCUCUAUGUGGAUUGCUCUCUGGUUGAGACGGUGCAGUGGGUCUAUCAUGGGGUCCAACUGGGCACCGGAGGGCUCCUGAUGGUCGGGGGAAUAAUUGAAAACCACGAGACUCCGUUUGAAGGGAACCUCCAACAGUUGACCUUUCUGAUGGGGAACCCAGAUGCUGCGCAACAACACUGCAGCUAUCACCAACCGCACUGUUCUGACUCAGCAUCCAAACUCCUGCUCUCUUCAAAAAUCAUAAAUGCUGUGGAGAUUUUAUUGCUGUCCUCAAAGAACCUGGCUGACCUCAUGGAAGAUGAUCAGGACGAGACAUUUCAAGGCCUCAUCGGCUCUAACCCUUUCCUACAGUUGGGGCCUUCCCGUGGAGACGGAACUGUUCUUUCAAGUGCUAAUCGUAAAGGCUCAAUUCAUAAAGCAGAAGUCUUGCUGGUGGAUGAGGAUACAGACUUGCUGGAUCACAUUGCAGGUCAAGUCACCACUCAAUGGAAGCCUCCUCAUCAUGGACAAAAGGGAAAACCUGAAGUGCCUUCGAAGAAUUUGGACGAGAACAUGACCACUGAGAAAAAGACCCUUAGUGGAAGGACUUCAGUGUCAUUCCCCGGAAAACCCUCUGUUAGCAUCACUGACCUGCACACUAGGAUGAUUCCCAAAAAGCCAGUUUUUCCCACUGAGUCAGGACUGGACUCCAAUAAUGAAAGGGUUGAUGGAUGGUCCUCUUUACCAGCACCUAAUUUUCAUGGACCUGAUCCAUCAUUACAUAUGAAAAAAGAGGAGAGGAAAAAUGCAACAGCGACAAAGACACCUGAAGAUCAGUCUGCAGAGCAGAAUGGUAAACUUCACCAGGAACUCCCGGGAAGAGGGACUGCUAUUUCCAGAGAUGGCGACAUGGUUGUUGGUUCUGAUGGCAAAAUGUAUCGUCUGAAAAGUGGACAACCAGGAAGAAUGGGUCCCCCAGGUCCUGAAGGCCGUGCAGGGGAGGCUGGCCUGCCAGGUUUUAAGGGAAACAAGGGUAGGACUGGUCCUGAGGGAAGGAUAGGGAACAAAGGGCAACGGGGACCUCCAGGGCCUCCAGGAUUACCAACCCUCUACCUGUGGAAGAACACGGUCGAGGAGUGGAUGGCCUUCCAGCGAACAAACUUCUACCAGUUACUCAUUGCUGGAUGGCCUAGCAAAGAGGGCCCUGAAGGAACACCUGGAGAUAUGGGCAAACCAGGAGUGCAGGGUCCAGCUGGUGAACCAGGUGAACGUGGCCCACCAGGCACUCCUGGAGAAAUGGGGAAACAUGGUCUCAGGGGUCCUCCUGGAAAGCCUGGGUCUCCGGGGAAAGAUGGAGAAAAUGGGGCAGAGGGUGAUCCUGGACCAUCUGGUGUUCCUGGACCACAGGGUCCAUGGGGGUACAGGGGAGAAAGAGGGUCCAAGGGUGAAAAGGGGGAUGAGGGUCACCUUGGCAUCAAUGGUCGAAGAGGAGAAAGUGGUGAUCCUGGAGAGAAGGGUUCCAAUGGGUCUCCCGGUGCUCCUGGUGCCACAGGUCCCCCCGGGCCACCGGGAAAAAGAGGUGAUUUGGGCUUGGAAGGGCCUUCUGGGCCAGACGGGGAGAGUGGACUUGAUGGGCCGCCAGGGUUGCCGGGGCCAACAGGAGCUCCUGGUGGAACUGGACGUGUUGGAGCUCAAGGCGUUAAUGGCUCAAGGGGCGAAUUGGGACCUGUUGGUGUGUCGGGCCGCAAAGGCCCACAGGGACCUGCAGGUUUUGACGGCCAAGUUGGACCUCCAGGAAUCAGAGGCCCUCAGGGUUAUCCAGGAGUGAGCGGCUUUGUGGGCCCUAAAGGAGAUGCAGGGCCAAUGGGGCCAGUUGGUAUUAGGGGAGGUCCUGGCUUUGAGGGGCCCAUGGGUCCACCAGGGAUUCAAGGUCCUACUGGUUUCCCUGGUGUGACGGGAAACCGAGGAUUCCACGGUGACAAAGGGAAUCAAGGACCUAAAGGGGACAAAGGUCUUCAGGGAGCAGCAGGUAUUGGAGGUCCUCAGGGAGAGAGAGGCCCUGAUGGCUUCUCAGGAUUCUACGGGUCCAAAGGCCAGCCCGGCCCCAAAGGCAUAGAGGGCACUGGUGGUGACCACGGCCUUCAGGGAAAACAGGGCAACCAGGGGCAAAAGGGAAACAGAGGUUUUGAUGGACGAAAUGGAAAACCAGGACCGAGAGGAACCAAGGGUCGCACUGGGCAGAAGGGUCACACAGGCCAGCCGGGACCUUCGGGUUUGCCAGGGCUGCCCGGGCGACAGGGACCAGAAGGAAAGCCUGGUACACAGGGUCCAUCGGGUGCUACUGGCUUUGCGGGUGGUAGAGGACUAAUGGGUCCUCAAGGAAUACUAGGAGAAAGGGGAGUAGAUGGCCCACCAGGUUCUAUGGGGCCCCCAGGAAAGUCAGGACCUCCGGGUCCUCCAGGACCUCCAGGGGAAAUUGGUUUUACAGGAAAGUCUGGGUCAGAGGGACCUCAGGGUCCAGUGGGCAUGUAUGGCCUCCAGGGAAACACCGGUGUGCGUGGGCAUCCAGGCACUUUAGGAGAAAGGGGUGAACCAGGCCUGAGAGGUUUCCCUGGCCCUCCCGGCAAACCAGGACCUCCAGGUCACCCAGGGUCGCCUGGUGAGAAGGGGCCACCAGGACCACAGGGUCGACCUGGCGAUGAAGGGCUGAAAGGGAUUCCAGGGCCUCAAGGUCCAGCAGGUCUACCAGGCAGUGCUGGUUCCCCAGGUAAACCAGGACCAGGCGGAAGUAUCGGCCCCCUGGGACCACCAGGACCACAGGGACCAGUUGGAAUGACAGGUCCUGAGGGUGAGCAUGGGUUUCUCGGAGCAGCAGGAGAAAUGGGCCAGAAGGGUUUUCCUGGACCUCCUGGAGAUGUUGGCCAAACUGGACUGGAUGGCCCACAGGGUCUCACAGGACAAACAGGCAUGGAGGGUCCUCUUGGACACAAGGGGGACCAGGGGGACAAAGGGUCAUGUGGGAAACCUGGUCCUCCUGGGCUACCCGGAGAGCGAGGACUCCAAGGCCUAAAAGGACAGAUGGGAACCACGGGACCAGUCGGUCCAGAGGGGGAUGUCGGGCUUCCAGGUGAUGUUGGAGAUCCUGGACUGAAAGGGGAAAAAGGUGAAGUGGGACCUCAUGGCCUCUCUGGUCGAGAGGGACCAUGGGGAGAUCUCGGGGGAAAUGGUGGUCGAGGGCCAAAAGGAAUGAAGGGCCACAUUGGACUCAUGGGUGAGCCAGGAUUGAUGGGCGAUUUGGGAACCAUAGGUCUGUUGGGGUUACAGGGACCUAAAGGUCCUCCAGGACUCCCAGGUCCAGAUGGACCUCCGGGACAAAAGGGGGAGUCCGGGCCAUUUGGAAGUCCUGGACCUCCUGGGUCAACAGGCUUUUUGGGAAUCCCUGGACCACGAGGAACCAAAGGAGACAUGGGAAGAUGGGGACUUCCUGGUUUGGAAGGAAAGGUUGGUUUGCAAGGAGAGCAGGGAGCUAAAGGAGAUCCAGGACCCCAGGGUGAGAAGGGAGAUCCAGGACCUGGAGGCCCAAUUGGUCCUGAGGGAGAAGAGGGGCUUCCUGGAAUCGAGGGUCCGUCGGGUCUGCCAGGACUGGAGGGGCGGCCAGGGGAAAUGGGACCUCGGGGUCCUCCAGGGCCUGCAGGUGUUAUGGGACUUAAAGGACGACAGGGGCCAGACGGUAAACAAGGGGACAAAGGAGAGAAGGGAGAUGAAGGCAGUUUCGGACCAUCCGGGAAAAGGGGUCAUGCUGGGAGAAGGGGGAGACGAGGGAAGGCAGGAGUCAGAGGGACCCGAGGACAGAGAGGACCAAAGGGAGUGAAGGGGGAGAUGGGAACAGCAGGCCUUCUCGGGUGGUCAGGUCUCAUUGGAGCUGCAGGUGUGCAAGGGGAGCAGGGCCAACAAGGAGAAAAAGGAUCUGAGGGAGAGAAAGGAGAGAUGGGACUCCCAGGACCUCCUGGAAAUUAUGGCCUCAAGGGAAGCCGAGGUCAUGAUGGGUUGCCUGGACUUGCUGGUCCAAAAGGGGAGCUGGGAAAUAUUGGUCCCCCUGGUCCAAUCGGGUCACUUGGAAUACCUGGACUUCCUGGUCUGUUUGGAUUAAAGGGUUUAAAAGGCUUCCAAGGUUCGCCUGGUAUUCCUGGCAGGCCCGGUCUCCCGGGACCACCCGGGGCUCCCGGGCCUCCUGGACCGUCGGUCAACCUCACUCUAACUCAGCUCAAGGACCUGAUGUACAUGUCUGAUAAACCCAACUACCCAUUGAUCCAGGCCUUGCUGGACUCACUACAGCAGGAUAUUCGGCUGUUGGUCGAUCCUCCAGAUGGUAGCAAAGAGCAUCCAGCGACAACCUGUCAGGAGCUUUGGCUCUGUCACCCUGAGUACCCUAGUGGAAUGUAUUACAUCGACCCCAACCAGGGCAGCCCAGCUGAUGCUCUGCUGGCCUUCUGUCGCUUCUCCUCGUCAUCAAAACAGACCUGCCUUCACCCCCAAUUCUCUCAGUUACCCAUGAAAGCCUGGAUGGAAGAAACUUACGAAAAUGAAACUUUCCAUUGGCUCAGCAACAUGAAGCAGGGCUUCCCGUUUGUUUAUCCAGGUGCUGAUGUGGUCCAGUUGAGAUUCCUGAGAUUACACAGCAGCACCGCAAUCCAGAACCUGACCUACUCCUGCCAUCCAGGACACAGACUGGGACACACCGACAGAGACAUCAAGUUCCUCACGGACACUCGGAGACAGAGCUACCUCGGAACACUCAAAGACUGCGUGCCUGGCGAGGAGGGGGUCCCCGCAGCCCGAGAGUCUGUGUUUGAAUUUGAGGAUCUUCAGCUGCUUCCUCUCAGGGACGUGGCUGUGAUGUCUGGAGAACACUUUACUCACCACUUUGGCUUCCGAGUUGGACCUGCAUGUUUCAGCUAAAAACAGCUGACAUCUUCGACUAGACAUCAUCUGUGGCUCACAGUGAAGAAUGUCAAGGUGCUGAUGACAUCACUUUCUUCUCCUCAUGAUGGAGGAAUGGAUUGACUUUGCGUGACGUCAUGCGAAAAGCAAGCAAGUAGUGUCCGCAAACUCACGGAGGCCUUUGUUUACAUUUGAAUGUAUAAAAUAAUUUAAUUUUAUAUUCAUUUUCAUGUACAUUAAAUUGGUUAGCUUGCUCUGCAUCUGUGCAUUUAACUGCCUUUACAACGUGUUCCAAAAAUGAACACCGCAUUUUGAAUACAGCUGAUGUUAAUAUGGCUCUGCCUUGGACACAUGCAGCCACUUCACUCAAGGUGCUUUCUAAGGGGAGACAGUGGUCUUUUGUUUUUACCUUUUAAUCGCGGUGUUUAUCUUCUGUUUCGAAGCACUUAAGUCUCAUUGAAGUGCACUUUCCUCAGACUCAGGUAUCUGAUGUUUUUUUAGAUCACGUAUAACAUAAGCUGAUGAUUAUAUCAUAACAUGACCAAAAUUGUCUUAACAUCUUAAUAAUACAAAAUAUUUAUUUUCACUAAUGUCUUGAGCAGUGACGGUUUCUGAAUUCAGCAUUCAGUAAUAAUUCCAACACACAGACUCAAAACGUAGUCUGAGGAUGUCCAAGGUCAGGCUGUGGUCAAAAGGCUGAUCAUUUAUAGAACAUACUGAAUCUCUUUUAUCAGCUAUUGGAUUUAGACCUUUAAAACUACCCUCCUCGGCUGUGUCUCUCUCACCGACUGUCACGCACUCUCUUGCUGUGCCAUGACUUGUUAUAAGGCUGUAAUUGGAAAUGACCUGCCACAUAAUAACACGAGUGAUGGAUGUGUGUAUUGCUGCCUGGCAAUGGCGAGAGAGUGCACAUGAUACAGACUUGUGAAACAUGAACUGCACCCCACAUCCUGGACACACAUUUCUGCUGGAAUCCUCAUUUCAAAUUAUCUACCAGCCCCCUCAGGUUCAUCCUUCACCUCUAUUAGAGUCUUUUGACCCUGUUCUGAUCAAGCCAUUGGAACGCCAUUUGUUCCCAGUACCUUCGAUUGUCAGCAUCAGUUGUCCAAUAUUCUUCAACUGGGAUUCAAUAAAGUUUUACAGAGCCACACUGCCACGGAGAUUGAGUGUCCAGCUUAUAACUGAGAGGUCACUGAUUCAAUCAGCCAGCGCCACCGUCCGUUGGCAAGACUCAGGAGCCUGCAUUGACUCUGGAAGUGUCAUUGAAAACCACCAAACUCUUCUGUGCCAGGACCGUAUUUGUUUAAUUGCUGUUGUUUUAUCAAUAAAUAGAAACCUCAAAGGUCCUGGUUUGCAAAUGUAAUAUUUCACAGAUUCUGCCUUUGAUGUUUGUUGGCUGCUUGCCUAUUUUUUCAAAGGAUGUUUCGCAUUCUUGGUGCUCUCUCGGUGAAAGAAAGUUGUCCUCUGGGAAGCAGAUUGAUGGGGUUCACUUGGUUCAUGUCGUUGGAUGAUUCAGCAGUGGCGAUGAUGACCGUGACAUUAAACCUGCAGAAAGCUGCGACGCCAUUUGAUUGAGAUCUCAGGGAAUCUGUGAUGAGGGCGAAGCUGGAGAGAAGACUUUGAAUGUUAUUCAAGGACAUUACAAGUAAAGGAUUGCUAUUAUUUCCUGCUUAGGAAAAGUAUUCAGAUGCUCAUUUUGUACGCUCUGUCUGUGUGAUUAACUUAGCUGGCUGAGACUGAUCAUUCGCGUUUUGUACUGCGGGACUGUUGUCUUGGGUGCUGCUCAGAUGUGUUGUGAGUUGACAGAAUAAAA